AUGGCCUCUGCAGCGUGGGGAGGCUCGCGCAAUCGAACCAGCGCGGCCUCAGCAACGAACAUCGGCAGCAGCAGCACUGCAGCUGCAUCCAGCAGCAGCAGCAGCAGCAGCGCCGGAACCAGCAGCGGCGGACUGUGCAUCGUUGGAAACGCUUGCCGCUUUGGCAUUGCACGCGAUGUCGCCGCUGCGACAGACAGCCGCCUAAUCAAGAUCGAUGUGGAAGGCGAAGAGGUCCUAGUGGACCGAUACGACGUGCGGCUCUUAUUGGGGAAUAUCGGCCCCUUCAUCCAUCAAAACUGCAGUGAAGAGCGGCGCCUUACUGCACUGCAGGAGACUCGCGAGAUAGAAGAGAUGCGCUAUGAGGACCUUCCACGCCGCGCGGCCUUCUCAGACGAUUUGCCCUCUGUGCAGCAGCAGCAGGAGCAGCAACAGUGGACGCCGACUUUGGAGCAGCAGCAGCAGCAACACCAUCACCAGCAAAAAAAGAAGCAGCGAGCUGGCAACGCAGCCGUAGCUGCGGCUGCGGCAAACCGAGACGCGGCUCCAGAGCGGGAAGGGCCGGAUUAUACUGCGGUUCCUCCACCAGAGGCGCUGGAUCAGUCUGACAACGCGCCAGCACCAGCAGCAGCAGCAGGCAUGGCGACUGCUGCCGCUUCCUCCCCCCUAGAGCCCUUCGAAGAAGCCUCGACAGCGGAGGCAGCAACCACAGACGAAUCAAGACUGGAGGAGGCCACCCCCCCUGGCAGAGGCGGCAGUGUGUCUGCUGCCAUUGCAGAGCACCGCGAAACAGACGACGAGCAGCAGCAACAACAGCACCAGCAGCAACAACAGCAGCAAAAUUCCCAGCAGCAACCGCAGCAGCGGCACCAGCAGGAGGACGAGUGCUUCGUGCCUCCCUUUCCAGACUUGCCCGCAGAGCUGCGCCUCCCUGAAAACCUCAGGGAGUACUUAGUCGUUGAACGGACGGCGCACUUUGUGCGCGAGGAGGGCGAACGUAUGGAAUUCCGCUUGCUGCUAGACAAAGAGCGCCGGCUGCCUUUUCUCGCAGUUGGCCAUCGCCUGCAUCCUUUCUACGUCUGGAUGAAGCAGCAGGGUCACUCGCUUGUUGCACGAAGCGCCGAACUGCUGCCCCCGCGCAUCCGAGCGCUGCUGCAGUUUGCGUACUCUCUUAAACCCGCGAGUAGCCGCCAGCAGGAGCAGCAGAAAGAGGCAGGAGAAGGGCAGUCAGCAGCACAGGAAGUGAGAGGAACGGAGCAACAGCAAACGCAGCAACAGCAGCAAGAGAAAAAUCAGCAAGAGAAAAAUCAGCAAGAGAAAAGUCAGCUUGAUGGAGGGCUUGGGCUGCUGCUAUCGUACGGCAGUGAUGAGGAAGAGGAGGACGCAGUCGAUCUACAGCAGGAGCAAGAGUCGCAACCGGAGAGUAAGCAGCCAAGAGAAGCGAUUUCGCAGCAGCCGCAGCAGCAGCAGCAGGAGGAGAAGCAGUCGGUGUCGCAAAAAGGAGGAGGGAACGAGCAGCUUGUAUUUCCAGUACCGCCAAAGAAACGGCCUCCUCCUUCUCCUCCGCCAUCGCGGCAUCCAGCGGCGCCUCCGCCAGCAGCUAAGGAAGCCUCAGAUGCAGCUCCAUCCCCAGCUCGGCCAGACGAGGAAGGAGGACACGCGGGGGAGGAUGAGGGUGACGACUCGGGAGAAGAAGAAGGCACGAGCAACAGCAGCAGCAGCAAUCCGAAAGACUUAACUGCCAUUUGGCGGUCUCUGCGGCUGACACGCUUUUCUCUCAAGAAACCAAAGCGGGGAGCAGGCCCGUCCACAGAGCGAGAUGUUCAGAUGGAUGCAGAAGAUAUCGAUGCAAUGAUGGAAGCUCUCCCUCAGAAACCUCCCUGGGCUCUUCCAAAUGCGAAGCUUGGCCUCUCUAAGGCAUCGGCGGUGUCCGUACAGCAACUUGGGCACGCUCUUCUCUCCGUUGGUGACGUUUCGCUCGUGAAGCACGCUACAACGUACGAAGAUGACGCCUCCACGUUUCCGUUCCUUAGGCCCUCCUCCAUGGACCUUCGAUACUUCCGGUAUGUGCUGAAGUGUGUUGAGGCCGAAAUCCAGAAAGAAGGCUUUGUAAAGCCGCAGCCUCUCCCAGGACCAACGCACAACUUCGCUCGCAGCUUCCUCGCGCGUCUGCAGCUCAAUCACCACCUCCAGCAGCGGAAGCAGCAACUGCUGCUAGAAUGCAGGCGGCUCUCUGAGAAGACGCCAGAAACACCGGGCAUGGGGUACCUUGAAACAGUAGAAGCAGCAGCUGCUGCUGCGGCCGCUGCAGACAAGAAGAACAGCGCUUCGGAGGAUGCAGCCGCAGCAGCGAACGAAACAGCGCCAACACAAGACACUACUGCGAGAGCAGAAACAGCCGAUGCUGCCUUAGCAGCACCACCAGCAGCAGGCACAGCAGCACCGGAUGCUACAAGUGCCGCUUACUUUGCUACAGGGCAGAGUCAGGUGUCUCCCGAGACGGCUGCGCAGCUGCAGGUGUUGUUGCAGCAGAUGGCAGCAGCUAGUGCCGCGGAUGACGCAGCCACCUACAUGGCAUGUUACUCUGCGUAUUGCUACGCGCUUUCUGGUCUCUCUCCCGAAGCAGCAGCAGCGACAGCAGCAGCGGCGGCAGCGGCAACAGCAGCAGCAGUGGAGAGUACAGCAGCAACUACGCCUGAGGCAGGCCAGGCCGGUCCGCACCACACCUCUUGCUAA